CCAGAAUUGGGCUUGUGAUGAGUGAAGGCUUGUGUGGGAAGUACACUAAACCGUACCUCGGGAAAUUUUUACGGUCACGAAUUUAAGUUUUUUUUUUUCUCUUCCUUAUUUUUUUUAACCUUUGACAAAAACUCGUUUUAAUGGCCAUGUUAAUGACAGAUAAUUUUAUUCCCCAUGAGUGCGAAACCAGAAAGAGACGACGAGUAGAACAAGGCGACACAAAUUCUUUUGAAGAUACGACGAUAACGAUCAAUCCAGUGCAACAAGUAGACCGGUUAUGCAUGAUUGCACCGAAUUUUAACUGUGCAGCCGUAUUAAACGACCAAGUGAAUCGGCUGCAAUUAUCGAAUUUAUUACACGAGUAUAAAGCGGUUGUUUUAUUUUUUUAUGAAUGUGAUUUUGCACCAAGUGCGUGUAACGAUUUACAAGCGAUCAAUCGUCAAUUUGAAAGAUUUCAAUCGUACAACACAAUGCCAUUGGCUAUGUCGACCGACACAGAAAUGGUGCAUACCGCAUUUAUAGCACAAUCGGGAUUUACACCCUCAUUUCCACUUGUUGCCGAUACAACACGUUCUGUGUCUCGUCAUUUUAAUGUAAUAAAUGAUGAAACAGGGUUUGUGAAAAGAGGCGCAUUUAUCAUUGAUCAAACGAGACAAGUACGAUUUUCCUUUGUACUAGAAGACAACAGAAUAUCACAUUCCAUGGAUACCAUUUGUGCCAUCCUUCAAAACAUUUAGACAUCACCUUCUGCAUAUAUAUUUACGAUAAUAAUAAUAAUAAUAAUAAAAAAAAAAGAAA